AUGACAGCCACUGCCUGCAGUUGUUUGAUAACCGGUCCACUGCUGAUUAUCGGCUCCGUGUUUUGUGUCUAUCCGACGUUUACUUAUGUUGCAGCUCAAAUGAAUCAACAUCCGAAUCAACACCUUCAAAGUGGAAAUGGUCGAAGACGUCAAGAGAAGGAGGAAGUAGAAGAAGAACCAAUUGAUGAGGAAGAGCGCAGAGAACUGUAUGCUGCGUUGAUACGAGAAGAGCCGAUGAGAAGAAUUGAACCAUCCAAUGGAAAGUGGCAGUUGUCAAUCACCGAAACCAGCUGUGACCCUUCAUUCCUCUGGGACAGACCACAACCAAAAGGAAAAGUGUCUCAAGCAACACGUCGUUUCGUCACGAAGGACUACGUGAAUCCAAAUCUCCGGAACAAUUGCAUAUUCUGCAACGGGAAACACAAACCAGAUGAGUGCCCGCAUGUGGUUUCAGUCGAGGAUCGGAGGGACAUCCUUGCUUUAAACGAGAGAUGUAUCAGAUGUCUCCGACGUCAUCGUGAUGAGCCGUGUCCGAAGAAGAAUCGAAUCAAGGACAAUGUCACUACUGCUUCGAUGAAGAUCCGGAAGAGCCGAAGCAUAAUUCAUCCGUCUGCCGAACUGCAUUUAUACCGGAACAUAUGCUGGAAUCAAAUCAGUAGUUUACUGAUAGAACUAGCCAUCGUUAUUUCUUGGAUGUUUUCUGAAAGAACCCGUGGCAAUGUUCAUAAGUUUGGAUGGAGCCUGAUGCUCCAAUAA